AACACAGGUUUCCACCACUUGCUCCGACUCCGAGGCCAUUUUUCAAAUUAAAAAAGCAAAUGGAACCACAAAAUGUACAUAUAGGGCUUCUCUGGUUUUAAUUUCUUAGUUCUAUCAAUUCUCGCAAUUGCAGCCAGAUUAAAUCGUCCUUUGUUCAGCGAACAACAUCACCCUUUGUUCAGCGAACAGCAUCACCCUCGAUCUCCUUCCUGGUAGGUAAGGUAGGAGAUGGGAGCGUUGAUAUCAAAGUUUUGGUUCAUGCUGUUUCCUGCAAAGGAGUACAAGAUUGUUGUUGUGGGAUUGGAUAACGCGGGGAAAACCACAACGCUUUACAAAUUACACUUGGGAGAGGUUGUCACUACGCAUCCUACGGUGGGGAGCAACGUUGAGGAACUUGUUUACAAGAACAUUCGAUUCGAGGUUUGGGAUUUGGGUGGGCAAGAAAGGCUCAGGACGUCAUGGGCAACAUAUUAUCGCGGUACUAAUGCCGUUAUUGCAGUGAUAGACAGCACUGAUAGGGCCAGGAUCUCCAUUAUGAAAGAUGAACUCUCCAGGUUGCUCCAACAUGAGGAUCUUCAACACUCUGUCAUACUGGUAUUUGCAAACAAACAGGAUCUUAAGGAUGCCAUGACCCCGGCAGAGAUCACCGAUGUCCUCUCACUUCACAGUAUCAAGGAUCAUGACUGGCACAUCCAAGCCUGUUGUGCCCUCACAGGGGAUGGGCUGUACGAUGGUUUGGGAUGGAUUGCCCAGCGGGUUACAGGAAAAGCAAGUUGAAAACACUGAAAAGAUCAAUCUUUUUUUCACAUUUGUUCAUGGGUUGGAGGGAUGCAUAAAAUGGAAGUCUUUUGUAACAUUUGACAAUUAUUUUAAGUAAAUUGGGAGAUUGUCCGUUUAAUUUGCACGGGAGAACAGGAAAACAGUCCAGCCUUCUGCACAAUGAAUCAUUUGAUUUGCAUGAAAAAAAAAGGUCAAUUUUAUGCA